AUGAUUAAACACGAUCAACUUUCUUUUGAUCGAACCAAGGAUCUUCUUGGAACAGGAAAUUUUGCCAAUGUCUACAAGGGAAUCUACAAAAUUGAUGAUAAAAUGGAAAAAUUGUCGCUAUUAAAGAGAGCAUUAGCAAGAGAAGCGUAUACCGUGGAACAACUCAAGAAAGAGCGUGAAUCGAUGUUGAAAGAAGCGGAGACGCAAGUCUACUACGUGCACGAGAAUGUCGUCAGGUCACAUGGCACCCGGAACGCUGAAGAAGCCGGCCAUUUACUCGAAGAAGUCGGAUGUCUGGGCGUUUGGAAUGCUGAUCUACGAAGUAUUCAACAACGAGUGAAGCCAUGGCCUGUGAGGAUCAGCCGAGGAAAAUUGCGACAACAAGAU